AUGUGCAGAAACCGCGCAAACCACAAGUCUGACGUCGUCUACUUUCGCAAUACCGGCGUUCCGACAAUAAACGGAUGUGGAUAUUGCAAGUGGGCAAAAGAAUACCCGCCUCCACCAGGAACAACCUUGCCUAAUAACCCAGGAUGGCCAGGAUGCUGUCGUCCUCCAAGACCCGAAGACGCUCCACUGAUCGACAAGGACCAUUAUGGUGCGAUCGUCGCGGCAUGGGACCAGCGUGCUCUCGCAGCGUCCACCAUACGCACUCAAUCCGCCCCAAAACGAGCCCCCAUCCCUCAAUUUUCCGAAAAGUCCGACCCAGCAGCGGCUACGGACCCGUCUCGCACACCUCCGCUCUCGGCGGCCAGCCCACGACGACAAGAUUCAGCGUCUGCUUCGCCAAGAUAUUCGUCUCGUCGGCAGGCAUCAUAUGACGCUCAGACCCCCAGCGCCCCGCUAGACAGAGCUCGUAUGAUGCCCAUGCUCAGUCUUUGCAGCAGCAGCAGCAAAGGCACGGGACGAUUCGGGCCCCCGCAAGAGGCUCAACCUCCCCCACCCGCUCCCGUAGACCAACUCUCGCUCUCGAGUUUAUCCAGUUCUCUAUCGACGCUUCGGGUCUCGAGCAGUGCAAUGUCAGAUUCGGGUUCCGAGUCAUCCAAUACGACCGUCGGAACUGACUCGACUGACUACUUGUCCGACGAGAGCGAGGAAGAGCUGAAUCGCUUGGCAGUUGCACGUGCGAUGGCUAUCGAGCGCCAGCGUGUCGAGGAAGCCGAAUACGAGAGCGCCAGGAGAGGUCUUAGAGAUAUCGAUCUCACUACGCCUAUUCAGUGGGGAAUGAACGGAAGCGGUGGUGCGGGCGGGACAACUGGAACGUCCUCUGUUCGCUCGAUGCAGUACUUGUCUUUUGGAGAUGCCUAUGGUGGCCGUCGUCAACGUUGA